AUGUCGACCGGUUCUGAAGGCUCGCUCAAGUUCGCAGACGAGGAGAAGGGCGCCACUGGGCACACCAAUGCGACGUCGCCCAAGGUACAAAUCGUCGCAGCAGAUGAUGGUGUCAGGCGAGACGGUGGCAUUCUCGGCAAGGUACGUUCCUGCCCCAACUUUUUCAUCGCUUCGCUGCGGGUCCUACACCUCUCGCAUCGAGCGCGUUCUGCCCCCGAAAGAUUCCGCAUUCCUACCCGAUCCACGCGCCACAGCUGCAAUCUGCGGCCUAG